AUGUCUUUGUGCAACAACUGUAUCACUGGUGUCCGCCAUGAGGGCACUCCAACCGGGACCCUCACCAAGAUCGGCGGGACCGACUGCUAUGUCGCCACGCCGUCCGGAGAGUACGCCAGGGACAAAGUCCUGCUCUACUUCCCAGAUGCCCUCGGCAUGCAGUCCCCCAACGCCCACCUCCUCGCGGACGACUUCGCGCUCAACGGCUACAAGACCGUCGUCGUCGACUACUUCGAGGGCGAGCCCGUCCCGCACGAGCGCGUCUUCGCCCCCGGGGGCGCGCAGGGCUUCGACCUCCUCGCCUGGCUCGGCCGGCACCCCGCCCCGCGCGCGCUCGAGACCAUCCGCGCGGUCAUCGCCGCGCUCAAGGCGGACGGCGUCGCGAAGUUCGCGUCGACGGGCUACUGCUACGGCGGGCGCACGGGCUUCGACCUCGGGUUCACGAACGAGCUUGCAGUCGUCACCACCGCGCACCCGUCGAUGCUCAAGUGCCCGGAGGACCUCGAGAACUACGCGAAGACGUCGCGCGCGCCGCUGCUCAUCAACUCGUGCGAGGUCGACCCGAUGUUCCCCGUGGAGGCGCAGAAGAAGGCAGACGAGAUCUUGGGUGGCGGCAAGUUCGCGCCGGGGUACGAGCGCACGUACUGGGAGGGGUGCCACCACGGCUACGCCGUGCGUGGAGACAUGAGCAACCCGAAGGUCAAGGCGGGCAAGGAGGGUACCUUCGAAGCCACCGUCAAGUUUUUGAAGAAACACUUCUGA